CAUCAAGGUUAGUUCCAUUCCAAAAUAGAAUAAAAAGAAAAGGUUUGAAUAUUAUCCACGCUGACCUGACCAACAGCCAGUCUUGACUACACUCCCAAUUGGUUUUGCUUUGCUACAAAACACACAAAAGGUCACCACCAAAACACUACUUAAAAACCCACUCUUCACUAAGCCUCAAUUGUCAACUAAACCAUUCAAUAUAAAAGCCCAUUCCCUCUCACCCUUUGUCACUUCCAUUUUCAUAUACAUCUCUUUAUGCUUCCAAUUUCCAAUUAGAUAAAACCAACUGAUCCAAUUCAUAGUAUUAUCCCAAACAUGAACCCAUCCGACAUAACCACCGUCCACCCCGACAUCAUUCAAACUCACAUCCUUAAUCGACUCGACGGUCCCACCCUUGCCUCCGCCGCCUCCGCCGCGUCUCAUCUCCGCCGUCUCUGCACCGAACCCCACCUCUGGCAAAACAUCUGCACCGCCUAUUGGCCUUCCCUCAACCACCCCCUCGCCACCGACCUCAUCUCCGCCUUCCCCGCCACCCACCGCGCCAUCUUCUCCGACUCCUUCCCCUCUCUCCACUAUUCCCCUCCCAACCACCGCCCAACAUCGCAGCCGCCGGAACAACUCGUCUCCGCCGUCGACCUUUAUUACAAGGGAAAGCCCAUCUUUUCCCGUGUCAUCCAAACCGGAACCCGAAAGGGUUGGUUCCUCUGUUCCCCCCUCUGGGUUGACCUACUCGACCCCAACGAGUUGGUUCCCACACCCCUCAAGUUCCCUCACGGCGACGAAGAACACUUGCUCAACCACCUCCAGGAGAAUCUCGCUCUAAGCUGGAUCAUCAUCGACCCGAGCCAAAAGCGCGCCGCGAAUUUCUCGAGCCGGGUUCCGGUGGCGGCGCGGCGCCACUGGCUAACCGGGGAGAUGGAGGUGGUGUUCGCGAUGGCCAUGGAAACGGUGCAGUGCGUUAUAAAGGUCACGUGCUGCGGGAAAAUUGGAGGAGCGAUGCACGUGAGGGAGAUGAGUCUUACCCUGGAGGACACGGAGGGAAGACACGUGCUAGGGAGGGAUAGUUUGGUAAUUUUGCAAGGGGCGAUGGAGAAUGGAGAGAGGAAGAAGGUGGAUGCGGCGGAAGUGAAGUUGAGAUAUGAGAAAUUCUGUUGCGUUAAGAGAGAGAGAAGAGAGAGAAAGAUGAGGAGAGAUAGAGCAACGGACAGGGUUGCUAUGCUCGUCGCUUUCACCCUUUUCGCGUUCCUCUUCUGGUGUAUGACUUUUUGAAAUUAACAGAACCAAAACUAUAUUCAAAAUGUUAAUAGUACCCAAAGGCAAAAUAGAACCUGAUAGUUGAAAAACACACACAUAAUUGUGUGUAUCUUAUUCCUCUUUCUUGAUUCUUUUUCUCUAUUGACCCAUACCAUGUAACCUCACUACAUUAUAUUCAUUUUAUGAUUUUUUUUCCAUGUCCUAGUUUUGUUGCCAGUUUUGAUGUUUCCACUUUGAAGUUUAUACACUACUUUUUUAUGGUGGUUCACAAUCGCCGAUAUAUGUUUGUUCACCGCAUAUAUACACUUUGAUUAUAAACUAAUUUGUU